UCAUACUGUUACACUCUGCUGCUGUUAUCAUUCAGCUUAGGCUUACCAGUGUCAUCACCAGCGCAGUGACUGGGUCCACGGGACUGGGAAAUCUGCCUUGUGUAGAGGUAGACAUAAUCAUGAAGCUUGGGUCCUGGUGGUUACUUCUGUUGGCCUCCAUGUUUCACAUGGUCUCUGGAUGCCCUUCUCCAUGCAGCUGUAGUUCCGGCAUUGUGGACUGCAGCUAUAGUAACCUUGGUGACCAGUCACUUCCAGCAUCAUUUCCUUCUUCCACACAGGUGAUCCGUCUUGACCAGAACAACCUAAACUCCAUCCCAAAUGGUCUCCUGGACCGUCUUCCUAAUCUGAGGGAGGUUCACUUGAAACAUAAUCCCUGGCACUGUGAUUGUAAUAUCCUAUACUUACGCAGCUGGCUGCAAGCACAGCAGAAGAGAUCACUGUACCGAAAUGUUAUCUGUGAGUCUCCAGAGUCACUUAAGGGGCGAGUCAUCAUGUACCUAACAGAGGAAGAACUUGUGACCACCUGUCAAUACUGGUACUGUAAUCUUGCAUUGGUUUCUCAGCUCUGUCUCUGCAUUUUCAUUGUAGUUCAAGGCAUCCUGCUCAUCUUUGUCAUUUUCUCUUUGCGUCGCUUCCAGAGGAUUGCCAGGGAAGCUCGACGUACAGCCAAAGAGCUACAACAGAACUCUGAGGCCUAUCUCUAUGACAACAUACCACUAUGCAACUACGAUAGUACUUAAAAAAUACCAUGAAAUAGCCUUAUUCUGCAUCAUAUCACCUGUGUAAGAAUUAAAACAUGUCCUCUUACUAGUAGGUCUGAACUGCUACACAUUAGAAUACUUACCU